AUGACAUCAGAAUUGAAUGGAUGCAUAGUUAAAACUAGUGAUGUGACUCCUCGUGAAUUGAAUACGAGUAAAGUGAACGAGUCUCUAGUGCAGAGGACGAAACGACAGACGGCAAACGAGAGAGCGAUUUGGGGUUACAAAACCCCUUCGACGAAACGAAUCGAGAUUGGAGCUGAAGAAGUCUCCUCUCGGCCCCUCGAAAUAUUGUAA